UUCCGUGCAUGUUUUACAAAACCCGUCUUGUCGUUGACUUCACGCAGCUCCUGAGCAAGAGGGGCUAAUAUGUCGAUGGAGGAUCCUUUUUUCGUGGUUAAAGGGGAGGUGCAGAAGGCCCUGUCGAAAGCACAGGGUUUGUAUGAGCGCUGGGAGGAGUUGCUGCAGGAGGAGACCCCCGUCAGCAGAGAUGAGCUCGACUGGAGCACCAAUGAGCUCCGAAAUUGCCUGAGGGCCAUCGACUGGGACCUGGAAGACCUACAUGAAACCAUCAGUAUUGUGGAGGCGAACCCUGGAAAGUUCCGAUUAGGAGAACAUGAACUCCAGGAGAGACGAGACUUUGUGGAAAGAACACGGAAAUCCGUUCAGCUAAUGAAGGAGCAGCUCUCCAGUCCCUCUGCUGUGGCACAAGCGGAGAAGAAAAACAAACAGGCUCUGCUCGGGGCCACAGCAAAGGACCGAUACGCCGGUCUGGAGCCUCAUCUGGUGUCUGCAAACUCCAGAUAUAUUCAGGAGCAACAGGAGCAGCAGCAGUUGAUCAUGCAGGACCAGGAUGAGCAUUUGGAGCUGGUCACAGGCAGUAUCCGCGUCCUGAAGGACAUGUCCAGCAGGAUAGGAGACGAGCUGGAUGAACAGGCAGUUAUGCUGGGUGAGUUUAAUGAAGAGAUGGACCAGACCGGUUCUAGAAUGGACUCGGUGUUGAAGAAAAUGGAGAAGGUUUCACACAUGACCAGCAGUCGGAGACAGUGGUGCGCUAUUGGAGUUCUUGUCAUUAUACUGAUCGUGGUGCUCAUUUUGUUCUUCGCCAUUUAAACCAGACACUUCUUCGGUUUGGCCUUCCAUCAUGCUGAAAUCUUACAGAGGAAGACAGAAGUUUACCACGAUUCUUCCAUUAUCCUUUAUGAGAGAGAUGUCGAGAGUUAUUUUUUAUAGUCCUUUUCACCUCAUCUUGUCUUCAGUAACCCACAUCGCUUCUCCUGUUUUUGGGUGGACUCUGCAAGGUCUGUUCCAGCAUUUCACUGGCGCCGAGGUGGAAUUUAACAGUUAUUAUUAUGUUCCUUAUGUUUUAAUGUGGUACAGAGUGCAUGUGGGGCUGGGGAAUUUGAUAUUGCCUUAUUAUAUUUUUAUAUGUUUGAUUCUGACAGUGCAGUCAUUGUGAAAGUUAUAUAUCAAUAUACUCAUUGUGUGCUGAUGGGUGGUUCACCAAAUAUUUAACAAAGUAAAUGUUGUUUUUUAAAGUAAUCAACCCAUAACGAGCACAAUGAGUCAAUGCAGUCUUAUAGCGCCCUCUAGAUUUCUAGAUCGACAUACCAAAGUUAAAGGGAUAGUUCACCCAAAAUUGAACAUUCUGUCAUCAUUUACUCACACUUCACUAAAUCAAAACAUUCUGAGUUUCUUUAAACACAAAAGGAGAUAUUUUGAAAAAUGUGGGAAACUAGUAACCGUUGACUUCCAUAGCAAUUUUUUUUUCUUAGUAUAGGAGUCCCAGCAACCAGUAUUCUUAUAUACGUUGAUUUUUAAUAUCUUUGAAUUUCUUUAAUAAUAAUAAUAAUUAUUAUUAUAAUAAUAAUAAGUUUAAAUAUUCUUUUUGUGUAAACAAAGUCAUUUUCAUUUUUUGGGUGAACCAAGUUAAAAUUUACUCACCAUCACCUUUAAAGAGUUACUUUUUUCUGUUGAACCAAAAAAGGGGUAGACUUUUAACAUUACCUCCAUAGGAAACUAAAUACUAUGGAAGUCAAUGGUUACAGGUUUCCAACAUUUCUCAAAAUCUCUACUUUUGUAUUUAAUAGAAAAAUAUCAACUCAAACAGGUUUGGAACAAAUGG